UAUGCACAGAUAUCGCAUUAUCGAGGACGAAAGCAUGAUUGAGCUUAGUGGGGAAUACAGGCUUCUUUGCUUAGUGGGGAAUAUAGGCCUUCUUUGCAUUAUUGAGAGCGACAACAUGAUUGAGCUUAGCGGGGAACACACGCUUUCUUUCUCGUUUGCAGUCAAACACACUAAUAAUUGUUGGGUCAAUCUUCCUCAAGCAGAAGAAAAGCCAUUACAGCUCUCUGGUUCUCCAAAACAAGUCUCAGAAAGAUAGCGAUUCAGGUGCACUUGUUCUAAGCCUUCCAUAAUCAUCACUUCCUAUUGUUUUCAUUUUCAGUCUCUUAAUUUUCUAGUAUUUAAUUAGCUUUGCUUUAAUUGUUAUUCCUCCUAUUUCUAUCAUUUAUCUGUUUACUGGAAACUAGAUUUUUUAUCGUUCAGCUUUUUCUCUUAUAUAUUUGCUUAUCCAGAGUUACUUCUUCAAACCCAAAAAGAAAAAAAAAGAAGCCUUUUUCCCCAUUUUAAUUAUCCAAAAAUCACUCCCUUUUCUUCUCUGUUUCCUUAAAGCUUUUUCUCUCAUAUAUUCAGCUUUAAACCAAAAAUCCAAAAAAAAAAAAGGUCUGUUUUGUAUCUUAUUGUUAGAAAAAAAAAAGAAAAACAUGUCCUCAAUUAGGUUUUGAUCUUAUUGUUUCUCUUAUGUCUAGUUUUAAUUAUCCAAGAAUUAAUCCUGAAGUUCUCUGGUCGGUAGAUUUUGUUCAUUGAGAGUUUGUCAGUGGCUUUACUUCUUUAAACCAAAAAGAAGGAAAAGAUAAAAAGUAAAUUGCAAGAGAUACGUAAUGGCUGAACUGGCUGCUGCUACUGCUACUGCUGUUGUUUCCAAAGCAGCAGAGAGAGUUACAGAGACAGUGUGUGAAUUCGGUUGUCGGCAGAUUAACUAUGUGUUUAAGUACCAGAGCUACAUGAAGAAGCUGAAGGAGCAAGUUAAGGAGCUUGAAAUUAGAAGAGAAGAUGUGAAAGAAGAUGUAGAAAUGGCUGAAAGACAAGGUGAACAGAUUUAUAAUGAAGUUACCGAGUGGCUGAAGAGUGUGGAAGAGUUCAUGGAACGGGUAGCAAAGCUCGUUGAUGAUGAAGAUAAAGCAAAGAAGCGCUGUUUCAAAGGGUUGUGUCCUGAUUUGAUUAAACGUUACAUCCUCAGCAAAGAAGCAGAGGAGGUCGCGGAUGCGUGUGUCAAGGUCUUGGAAAAAGGAAAAUUCAGUAGAAUUUCACACCCGACCCUUCUACGGAGGACGGAAUCCAUAUUCGUCGGUAAGGAGUACGAACACUUUGACUCUAGAGAGUCAAAUUUCCAGGAUCUUAUGGAUGCAUUGAAAGAUUCUACUGUUAAUAUGAUUGGCGUGCACGGGAUGGGUGGUGUGGGUAAAACCGCACUGGUCAAAAAAGUUGCUUGGAAAGCCAAGGAAGAUAAGAUAUUUGAUGAGGUGGUUAUUGCUGAGGUAACACAAACUCCAGAUCUUAUACAAAUUCAAGCCGAGAUUGCGGGUCAAUUGGGCAUGGUAUUUAAGGACCAGGAAAGUCUAUCUGGAAGAGCUGAUCAAUUACGCCACAGGUUAAAGAUUUCCAAGAGAAUCCUUGUAAUAGUGGAUAAUAUCUGGGAGAAGCUUGACCUGAAGAAGGUUGGAAUUCCUUUAAGCUAUGAUGAUAAAGGUGGCAUCCCGCAAGACAGGAAAGAAAGCAAAAAUGAGCAAGAGCGGUGUGCAAUAUUGUUAACAGCUAGAACAUUAGCUGUCUUAAAUAAAAUGAAUACUGAGAAGAAUAUAUCAGUUGAGCCUUUAGCCGGUGAUGAUGCAAGAAGUUUGUUUGGGAAAAUCGUUGGUGAUUUAUCAGAAAAAUGUGGUAUAGCAGCGGAAAUAGUAGAAAAAUGUGCAGGCUUACCACUUGCAAUUACAACAAUUGCAAAUGCUUUGAAAGGUAAAAGUAAUUAUGUUUGGAAGGAUGCCCUACAUCAGUUAAAAAGUUAUAAUCAUAGAUGCAUUCCAGAAAUGGAUAACACUUUAUACUCAACUAUUGAAUUGAGUUACAAAUUGUUGAACAGUGAAGAAGCCAAAUGGAUACUUCUACUUUGUGCUCUAUAUAAUGAUACCCAUGUCGCUCACUUCUUGUUCAGAGGUAUGGGGUUGGGUUUGUUUGAAAAUGUUUACUCAGUUAAUGAUGGAAGGAAUAGAAUAAAGUCGCUGAUUGAUUAUCUCGGAGAUUCGUGUUUGUUGUUGAAAGGUAGCGACAAAGAGAUGGUCAAAAUGCAUGAUGUUGUUCAUACUGUUGUUGUAUCAAUUGCCAAAGAGAAAUGUAUGUUUGAUAUUCGGGAUGUCGAGGGCAUUGAAGAGGUGUUGAUGAACAGAAUGUACAAAGAUUCAAUUGCAAUUUCUCUGUCUAUUACAGACAUUCAUGAGCUUCCUGAAAGGGUAGAGUGUCCAAAACUAAAGUUAUUUACUUACUAUAUUAAAAAAGAUCUUUGUUUACAAAUCCCAGAUCACUUUUUUGAAGGAAUGAAAGAACUCAAAGUACUAGAAUUGGGAGGAGUUCAUUUAUUGCCACCACCACCAUCAUUUGUUUGCCUUAUAAACCUUAAAAGAUUGUAUCUGUGGAAUUGCUCUUUGGGAGAUAUAACAAUUUUGGGGGAGCUAAGGAAAUUAGAGACUCUUGAAUUUCUAAGUUGUGAUUUUGAACAGUUGCCUGAAAGAUUUAAACAACUGACGGUACUUAAGUUAUUACAAUUGAGAGAUUGUCCAAAGCUUAAAGUAAUCCCACCAAAUGUCAUAGCCAGCUUGCAUCGAUUAGAAGAGCUAUAUAUAAUUAAUAGCUUUGAUCAAUGGGAAGUUGAAGGACAAAAUAACGCUAGUCUUGCAGAGUUGAAGGAAUUGCCUCAAUUGAACACUUUAUGCAUGCAUAUUCCGAAUGUGCAGAUGAUACAGCAAGACUUCAUUCCAGUGAACUUAGAAAAGUAUAAAGUACAUAUUGGAGAUGUAUGGGACUGGUCUUAUGAAUAUGAAACCUCGAGAACUUUGAGGCUAAAGUUCAAUGGAAGCAGUCAUAUGAGGUAUGGGAUCGAAAUUUUGAUGGAGAAAGCAAAAUAUCUCUAUCUAGAUCAGCUGGAUGGUGUUAAGGAUAUACUUUGGGAACUCGACAGAGAAGGUUUCCCAGAAUUAAAGCAUCUCUCUGUACAAAAUAGUUCUGAAAUUUUGUAUAUUGUCAACUCGAUGGAGUGCAUUCAUUCUGAUGAUGCCUUUCCAAUCUUAGAAUCAAUGUUUCUUAUUAAUCUAGGUCAUAUGGAGAAGAUAUGUUGCGGCCUAGAUAAUGAAAAAUCUUUCAGCCAAUUAAGAAUAUUAAAAGUAGCUGAUUGUGACAAUUUGAGGUAUCUCUUCUCAUCCUCCAUGGCCAAAAACAUACCGCUGCUUGAAGAAAUCGAUGUAACUAAUUGCAAGAUGCUAAAGGAGAUUUUUGGUGAAGAAAGUGAACGCCAUGCUGAUGAAAACAAAAAGGUUUGUAAGAUUGAGUUUAAACAAUUGCACUCCGUAAUACUACAAGGCCUGCCGGAGCUCAUAAGAUUUGGCUUGGAGGUUGUGUUACCAAGAUUGGAGAACUUGAAACUGUCCUCAAUUAAGAUUGAGAACAUAUGGGUUAAUCUACUCCAACCAAUGUCUUCCAAUAUUCAGUGCUUAAAAAGCUUAACAGUGGAAGAGUGUAACGGUUUGAAGUUUUUGUUUUCAUCUUCUAUGGUCAAAAGUUUUGUGCAACUCCAAAAGCUUGUGAUAUGCAACUGCAAGUCAAUGGAAGCAGUGAUGUUUGAGUCAGGAGAAUUAGAAGGAGCAGAUAAGAUAAUUCAAAUGAAUUUUCCUAAACUAUUCUACCUGAAGCUACAAGGGCUUCCAAAACUCACAAGAUUUGGUAUUGGAAAUCUAGUUCAAUUCCCUACCUUGAAUGAACUUCACAUUGAGAGUUGCUCUAGUUUAAAGACAUUCUUCCCCAAUUCCUCUAGUGUAGAAGUGAGCUUGGAGAACAUUCUUGCUACUAACAUAGAGCCCUUGUUUGAUGAAAAGGCUGAUUUGCCAGGCUUGGAGAAGCUGAUACUCUUACACUUGGAUAACUUACAGUUGAUCUGGCACAAUGAACUCCGUGGAGACUCCUUUUGCAAAUUAAAAGAAGUGAGAGUUGAAUUCUGUGAAAAUUUGGUGACUAUUGGUCCAUCUAGUAGUACUCAAGGACUUCUUACCUUUCAGAAUCUAGAAACAUUAACUGUUGACAACUGUUGGAAUAUAAAAAGUCUGUUUCCAGUUUCCAUAGCUACUAGUCUUUUGCAACUCAAACGACUCACGCUACGCUAUUGUGGCCUGGAGGAAAUUGUUGGCAAGCAGGAAGUAGAAGGCACUCCAAGAUUUUUGUUUCCUCAAUUAACGCGGCUUAAACUUUCCAUGUUACCAGAGCUCAAAUACUUCUACAUGGGGUCCUAUACGGCAGAGUGGCCAAUGCUUAAGGAAUUGCUUGUGUACGGUUGUAAGAAGAUAAAAGUAUAUGCUUUAGAGGGAAAGAGCCAACCUGCCCUAUUUUGGUUUGAAAAGGUCAUACCCAAUUUGGAAACAUUGGGUUUAAAUGUCGAUAACGAAAUAUCCUCAUGUCUUGAUCGUAUUCCAGCUAGGAGCUUUGGGAAACUUAAAGUUCUUGGACUGCAAAGCUUGGAUGAUUAUUCAAUAGGAUUUCAGUUUGGUCUCCUUCAAAAAUUGCACAAUUUGGAAGGACUCUAUCUAUAUGAUUGUACAUUCCAAGAACUACUCCCAUAUGAAGGAUGUACAAGGAAAGAAAAUUCUCAGAUGAAAACGUUUCUCCAAAAUCUUCAAACUUUGAUGGUAGACGAAUGUCAUCGUUUAACAUCUUUGAUGUCAUUCUCAUACAUUUGCUUCAAAAACAUAAAACAUUUGGAAGUUGAACGUUGUAACGGAUUGGCAAAUAUACUAGCAUGUUCAACAGCAAGAACUCUUGUCCAAAUCACAAUAAUCAAAAUCAGAGAAUGUGAGUCGGUAACAGAGGUUAUAGCAACUGAGUCUGAGAUAGAGACAACAGAAGAGGAGAUUGUUUUUAACCAAUUGGAAAUGUUAGAAUUUCAUUGUUUAAAAAGCCUCACAUGCUUCUGCUCUGCCAGUUACACUUUUCGAUUCCCAUGCUUAGAACAAGUGAUUGUGAGUCAAUGCCCCAAUUUGAAGAUUUUUUCUCAUGGAGGUUUAAGCACACCAAAAUUGAAGAAGGUACAACUAACAGAGAUUAUUGAUGCAAAAUAUAUUUGGAAGGGUGACCUUAAUUCCACUAUCCAACACAUAUGUGGGAUUUGUAUGUCUUAAACUUUUACUUGAAGGGCAUAAUCGUAAUUCAUUAGAAUAGGGUUGAUAUUUCAUUUCUUGGUGGGGUCAAAAUAGUCAUUUAGUGGCUUAGAUAUUUUUCUAACCUUGAGUAUUAAAAAACCAGAGUUGUUUGAGUCAAUGGAUUUUGAUAUGUUAGGUGUAUUGUUUGAGACAUUUUGAGGGUAAAUGAGUCCUUUUGGCUUUAAUGGCGGUCUUGUAAUAUUGUGAAUAAGUCAUGGACAUUCUCGAUUAUGAUAUUUUUAACCAAGUAUAUAAAAGUAACGUUUUACCUUAA